UGUUCUGUGGCAGCCUGCCGUCUGUAAAGGCCGCCAAAAGCAGAGAGGCUGAAGCCCGCGAGACCCAAAGUUGUUGUAAGCAGUUUGUCAAGGCUACCCCCGUGAUCUCCGGUUAACGAGGCGUCCACUUAACAUUGCUCUGUCUCGCUCAGGGGGUAAUAUCACAAAUUGCUAGUACACUACACAUCAAGUCUAUUCGCAAAAUCUUGAGCAUUUCAAUCGAACAUGAGAAGGAGACAUACAUGGUAUUCCUCCAAGGGGUCGUAUUGUAGAGUAUAGCAGAGGAAAAGUUUGUUUCCAAGUGGAUAUAUUAUCAGAUGUUGAAUCGAUCGUGAUUGAGCUUGCAGCUUAUAUUUAUUGUCAAGUAUAUAUUACCAAAUGGAAAAGAUGGAAUUUUCGCUAAAAGCAGCUUGUCUCAUUUGCUCGUUAUUGUUAAUAUGCGUUGAACGCGUUGUAUGCAUACCAAUUAUGAAAGACGAGAGAAAUUCUACAAAAAUUUACUUAAUGAGUCAGAACUCCACAUUACACGGAUCAAACAAAAAUACUAACGAAUCGAAUAAGAAGAUACUAACUAUUGAGGACUUGCCUGAAGAUGGCUCUUUAGAUGAGGAGUUUGAGAGGCUUCAUCCAAACUUCGGAGAGCAGCCUGUUGAGCUGAACAAUCACAAAUAUUUUCAAGGGGACAUCAAACUUGACCCUUUGACAAAACUUUACAUGGAGGUGGACAGGAACCUGCCUCCGAGGAGGAAACGAGCAAUUGUUAGGACCAAAGUCUCGCGUUGGAAAAACAGGGUAAUUCCUUACACCAUAGACAGAAGCCUGCCGGCAGCAACUAAAUAUGCCAUUAGAAAGGCUAUAAAGCACUGGAAAAGCAACAAGUGCAUACGGUUUCGCCGAAAGCGUCCUACGGACCAAGACUUCAUUCAUUUCUUCGAUGAUGGCGAAUCGUGCUGGUCUACCGUUGGAAGAGCAGGCAACCAGCAAAACAUCUCAAUCGCCAAGCAUUGUGCAACGAAAGGCGUUGUCGUGCAUGAAAUUGGCCAUGCUGUUGGAUUUUUCCAUGAGCAAGCACGACGAGACAGAGAUUUGUACAUCGAAAUUAUCAAACGGAACAUCAAGAGGUCGGACCUUGGGCAAUUCAGGAGAAUGAGCAACCGCCUCGUCGACUCAUUGGGCUAUGCGUAUGAUUACUGGUCCAUCAUGCAUUACGGUCCCAGAGCUUUCAGUGCCAACAGAAGAGACACAAUAAAAAUCACGAGUAUUGGGAGGAAAGCUGGUGUUAGCAGAAGUACCAUUGGAAGCCGAGUUCUCUCGAAACUGGACAUUGCACAGAUCAGAGAAAUGUACCAAUGCAAUCCCAUUCCAUCUAAAGAAUCGCAAAAAGGUUGCUUCAAGAGUGCUUACGGAGAUGGUCGAGAUUACAGAGGAGAGCUUGAUUAUACAGAAACGGGUAUUACUUGUCAGUACUGGAGUGACAAUUACCCACAUAGACAUUCAAAGAACUUUCAGACCACGAAGCGCGGACUUGGUAACCACAAUUUUUGCCGAAACCCCGGCGGUAGGCGGAAAAGGCCUUGGUGCUUCACCACUAAAACCAAUAAACGGUGGGAAUACUGUGAUAUACAAAUUUGCAAAAGUUAAGGUGGAUAACACCUGCAAGUAAACCGUGCCAAGCUACUGGCCUACCUCAUGCAGACGGCCUAGCUCUUGAGAAAACCGGCAGCUACCUGCAUUUCUCGUAGCUCUCCCUGGACGAAUAGGUAGAGGAUGAUGUUUCAUCAAACACACUGAAUAAGCUGAGAUACCCCCAGCGGUUACAAGCUGAGAUAGCCCCAGUGAUGGAUAGCUGACUCAACCAGAGGCAGCGUGAAGGUGGACAUUGCAACAGAUAUAUUGAUGACACUCUGCCAUAAAUCCAAGCCCUGGGACUCUCACGAAUCUCCUUCAAGAAUGCCAGCACUGUUUCGAUAACUGAUGAAAGACUGAAAAGCGCAGCACUACUGUCAAAUCAUUGUUUUAUUCGUGAACCGUGUUAGAUGUGAGUUGAAACCCGCUAACUAUGAAAAAGCUAGUUAGGACAGUCGAUGUACCAGGUUCUAAAAAGCUCAUGUAAUGACUUAGAACAUCAAGAUGAGACAUUUUAAGGAUUUCUUGGAAGCACUUCCCACAAAUUUCAGUUCAUUGACAGGCCUUUCAUACAAUUACAUGUUCACUUUCAUAUCUUGUAUAGACCAGCCAUAUUUCUAAAAACUUUGGUUUUACCAGUGACAAUACAAAUGUUAGAUCGGCUUAACCCUUUUUGUCUUUUCUCGCUAUGCUGGCUGGAUGAUGAGGAAUCUCACCCACUUUCCAACGAGUUUUGCUAAUCAAAGACACCCUAAUCCAGUUAAACUACCGUUUUCGUUGCAAUCACAUCCUUCUUAGACUGUUUUUAAAGCCAUGAAGUCGACAAUUCACUGUGGUGUUUGAGAUCUUAUUAUGGGUGAUGAAGGAAGGCUCUGUUCAGUUAGCGAUCUGCUGAUAUCAUUACCAUUAAAUAGAUUGUGCCAAGAAUAGGGUUGCUUAACUUACAACUAUGUUUAUGAGUAUUAUAAAUCGCGCUAUUCAUUGGGGAUAGUGGGGUGCAAGGAAAUGCCUCUGUUCGAUGAAUGGAGGCAUCAGUUAGUCUAUGGUUUAUGGAUUAACAUAGAACCCUAAUUUCAAGGGCUCUCGAUAGGUAAAAAACAGCAUACUCAGGUUCUUCAUUAAUCACCAGGAUGCUUUGGUAUUACCCCCACUAUUCACCCAGAUUAUACUGACAUUGUCUUCCUCGAGCUAAUGAGACUUCAAUGGGACUAUGAUCAUCCGGCCAGCGGGACAACCACUUGAUUCAAUUACUUGCUAAUUCGGAUUUCGUAAACAGAAAUGAAUGGCAGAACUUCCAGUUCAGCACCACUGAGAAGGGUUUUUUCUAACAAUGUUUGGUGAGCAAGCGGUACAUGUAUAGAGCUCACACAACUGACUGCUCACAAUUCUUAGAUAAUUAAAUAUACCCCCAUCUUUCAUUCAUAACAAAUUACUUAAGAGGCAAAUGCUCUUCACUCGAAAUUUAAAGUCUCACUUUCAAUCUCCACUUGAAAAAUAACACGAAACAUUAUAACUAAAGAGUGGAGUAUAUUUGAAUUUUAAGCUUUUUUGCUGUGCUGAAGCAGCCAAUCUGUUUUAGAUUGACUUGCAUUGUUUAUAAGAGAUUGAUAUGUUUUAUGCCUUUGUUAAAUUAAUUAUAUACUGGACUGUUUCUUAUCAUAUGUUCUAAUUUAUUCAGAAGUAUUGAUAUAUUUUAUUAGCCAUAGUUUAGAUUAAUUUAGUGCCCCGCCCCCCAAGUUGUCUCAGCUCAACUGUGAGUGAGCCCUUUACCGGUUCAUCAAUCCGUUUCUUUGAACGUUAGUAUUUUUCGCCUGAGAUAAAACAAGCGAGAAAUGUGAGAUCGAAUCGAAACCGUUAUUUUUAUCAAAACCUAAACAAACGACAUGUCCAAGAUCACGAAAGGCUGAGACACUUGCCUUAAACUUCAGUUACUUGAAGAAGAGACAUAAUCAAAACUUUGUACAUAAAUAAAGUUUAAUACUUGCUUUUUGAGUAGAAUUGUAUUAUUGACUAGAAUUACAUUAUUGACCUCCUAAUAAAGAUCAAGUUGUGUUAGGCCACAAGUCAACACAGGCUUAAAAUCUGACAUGCACAGGAGCCCCAUUCAUAUCACUUUUCGUAUAUGCACCCCUAUUUUUCGAGAGCAAUUCCUCCAAUUGUAAAUCGAUCCAGCCACUACCUGCUUUAAUUGUAAUAAGUGAGAAACACAUUUUUAUAUUAAAAAAUACAUCAAAAACCCUUUGCAUACUGUGUUUCAAAAGGCCCAGAUCUCAAAGCAAAGUUAGGCUUGCCUGGAGUACUUUUCACAGAACCCAGUGCAGUUACUGCAGCUACCAAACCAUAUCAAAACACCUGUGGCUUUCUUGAGUGUAUUUCAUCAAAGCAAGCCUAUUUUGAGCCGAUGCAAACAUUCCCAUCAUUCCAAAUAUAAGGUUUCAUUUUCGUUUUGAUUUUUUGUUUCGAAUUGAUAUAACCCCAAACACAUUCCCAUGAGCCUCUUUUGAAUUGGUCCUGUUGCUAGUCGCCUUGCUUCAAAGUACAUGGGCCAUCCAUGAUUUUGGUGCUAAAAUUUCGUGAAUGUUCUGUUUGUUUUUCCUUUUUAACUGUGAAUUUGCAGAACAAUGUACGAUAAAUUAUCAACAUAAGUCUAUUUCAGAAGCUAUAUUUAUUUCAAAAAUUGUUAUUAUAGGGCACGUUGAUGCCCUUUCUCUGUUAUUUAUCUAUCAACUGAAAUAAUGGAUGUAAAUAUUCAGUUAAAAAUCCGUACAUUGUAGAAGAGCGCAUUCUAUGUGAUUCUCGUCAUGAUUGAAUAAAAUAUGAAGACAGAUACUGUAUACAUCA